AUGAGAAGAUGUGGUCCAACACCAGCUUUGACAAUCUUCGUCGCUUACGCUCCAACAUCAAGUUACGAAGAAGAAGAAGUCGAAGCUUUCUAUAUGGACCUGGAGAAGUUCUACCGAGAAGAUCGUGCCUUCUGCAAGGUCAUAAUUGGCGAUUUCAACUCCAAAGUUGGCCCAAGAAGAAAGCCUGAAGAACUUCACAUCGGGACCCACGGCCUACAAUGGAAUGAUCAGGGGGAGAGGCUCUCCGAGUUCAUCAUGACGAGUAAGACCAUACAUGGGAACUCGCAAUUCCAAAAGCUCUCUUCUCUACGCUGGACGUGGGAGUCACCCGGUUGA